AUGAAGUCAGCUUUUCUUAUUCUCGCCAUCGUUGGAUGUGCCUGUGCUCAAUCUCUAUUCAGUUCCACUGGCCAAACUGGCAUUGUCAAUGUUCACAAUGUUCUGAGAUCUAAGAUCGCUAAAGGAACCUAUAAUGCUGCUGGAACAAUCGAACCAAUGGCAUCCAACAUGCGUAAAAUGAAAUGGGAUGCGUCUCUUGCCACCUCUGCUCAAAAGUAUACCAAUGGCUGCCCAGAUGACCACUCUGGAGCAAAAGGAGUUGGAGAGAACAUGUAUUGGUCAUGGUCCUCUCAAGCCCCGUCAACCAAUCUUGAUAGCUUCGGAGUCGCAGCAUCGAACUCAUGGGAGAAAGAGUUCCAAGACUACGGGUGGACCUCAAUACUUUUGGAUGAGAACACUUUUGACUCUGGAAUUGGACACGCUACUCAAAUGGCUUGGGCUGAGACAAAUCUGGUUGGAUGUGGUGUUAAAAACUGCGGGAAGGAUUCGACAAUGAAAAACAUGUACAAAGUACAGGUGGUUUGCCAGUACAAGUCUGAAGGAAAUAUCCUUAAUACUAAUAUCUACGAAAAAGGAGAACCCUGCUCAGCAUGUUCUACCGGAUCAUGCGAUACUUCUUCUGGAUUGUGUGCCUAA